AUGGUGAACAUUACGAACCUUGAAGCGCAACGUGAAGAGCGCGCACUGGGAUCAAAUCAGGCCAUACACAGCUAUAAUGGUACGUUACUUUGGAAAAUAGACAACUUCAAUCGAAAGCGACAGGACGCCAUUAAUGGUGUUAAGAAUGCCUGGUACAGUCCACCAUUUUACAGUUCUCAAUAUGGUUACAAGAUGUGUGCUAAGAUCUAUAUGAAUGGUGAUAGUCGGGGAAAUGGAACUCAUUUAUCUUUCUUCUUUGUUAUCAUGAAAGGUGAUUUCGAUGCUCUACAAACAUGGCCAUUUCAAAAGAAGAUCACAAUGAUGUUAAUAGCUCAAGGAAAUGGUGAUCACAUGAUUGAUGCUUUUCAUUCAUAUCCUCAAAGUUCCUUAUUUCAGCGACCAGAGUCUGAUAUGAAUCCAUUUGGAUUGCCACUUCUAAUUUGGCCGAUAGAGAGUUUAAGCAAUCUUUCGUUCAUUAAAGAUGAUACAAUGUUCAUUAAGUUAGUUGUUGAAUGAACAAAAAAUCUAAAUACACUCGCUCCUGCUUCUCUAUCUU